AUUGAUUAUCAGAAAAUAAAAGCCAUUCUGAAGGCUUGAAGGUCCCCCGAGAAGUACGUCUUGACAGUACUACGCAAAGGCACAGGAAGUCCAUGUCGGAGGCACAUGGACUCGUGGACAGAUCAUAAGUUAUCUCUUGUGUCCUGAGAGGAAAUAGAAGACAUUUCCAAUUAGUGCUGGAUGCCACUUGGCCCUUAAAUUAAUGUAGCAGAACUGUAACCUCAGAGGUGUCUGCUGCCCAUAGGACAGUGAAUCUGAAUUUGUGGAACACUCAGAAGUGUGAAAGAUGAUUCUCAUGGUAACCUUUUAAAGGUGGAUAUCGGUGGCCUGUUUGGGGCAGUUUCCCUCUAGAGGGAGAUUCUGAAGUACCAGGAGACUGCAGGAGAUUUUCCUGUGCCUUUCCUGCCCAGGCAACAGCCCAGAACUCAGCUGACUUUAGUUGUUGCAGGAACGUUCACAACCUGUUUGGAAGAGAAGUCUGGAAAUUGUUUACUAGGUGGAGCCUUGAUACCCUCAUCCCUCUCAGCUCUAUCACAGGUCUGCUUUGCUGUUUUCUCUUGGCUGUGACAGUCUGCCUGAUGGUUAUUAUAAUAGCAGUUCAUCGUUAGUACAAACAAGAGUACCAUAUAUUAAUUCUGUGCACAGUUUACCAACAUCAUCAAAAAGUUAUAUUGUUCCACUGUUCUCAUUCUGUAUUUGAUCACCAUCAUAAUUAUAUAAACACCCCAAUUUCUGGUCUGAACCAACCACAGAACCAUUGUUAGCCCCUGUACUAUCUGUUGUCACCAAGUGUCUAUUUGCUAGAGCUUUUAGUGAUAUUUUAUCUAUUGAGAAGAGCACUGAGGCAUGGAUUCCACAUCAGUUUCCGUACUCAUGGAUGGACUUAUUGCUUGUGUAGCCCAGUUAAUAAGAAUAGCUAAUGAGCUUUUACAAUUAAUUAUACAACAACAAGAAAUUCCUUAUGUAGAGGAAAAUCGUACAGCAGAAGAGACAGAAGCAGAUGCACCUCCUCCUGAGGAGGCUUCAGCAUCAGAUCUCCCUAAUCUCUCAGACUUAGACUCAAUACUCACACCAACAGAGAAUGAAGACCUAAUGUUUGAUGUAGAUCAGGUUAUGUUAGAAAUGGAUAGCUUAUAUGAAGGUGCAGUCCCUGAUAUAAAUGAUGACUUAACAAGUGACUAAGAUCCAAUUUUCCCCCACCGGCAUGUGAAAACUGAUCAUUUCUCUGUUUCAAUAUAUUCUAUAUUCUUGUUUUCUGUAUAUUAGCAGUAUGUAUUUUCUCAUAAUUCUGCACAUUUUCAUCACUAGUAACCCAUAUAACAAGUAAGAUUUGAUUUACUUCCAGCAAAGGCUGCUCUAUUUUCCUCUUUGUUGUUAUUUAAAAAAUUCUCACUUUUGCCAUGUAGGUUUCCCUUUACUUGUACUUACUCUAAUGCUAGAAUUUCUGAUGGCAGGAGCAAACAAUAGUAAAAGAAAUUCCUUAUCUAACUAUGGGGUGGAGAACAGAUGAACUCUAUCACAUCUUAGGACUAAUUUCUCUGGUCUACAAUGAAUGGAAAUCAAAUGGGAACUAUCCCCCAGGGUAGCAUUUACUGUAAAGUAAAUGAAUACAUUCACAUUAACAGGACAGUGUUAAGAUAAUUUUAUUUGAAAGGAUAUAAUUCCUUACUUAUCCUAUAAGAGAUAAUGUGUCCAACAAAAAAUGCUAUAGCAGACUAAGGGAGGUAAUUUUAAAAGAGUACUAUCUACAGUAUAACAAAACUGUAUAAAAAAGAGUACUUUAUAAAAGAGUACUAUCUACAGUAUAACAAAACUGCAGAAAGGUUUUUGAAUGUUGCCAAGGAGAAAACUGAAAAAGCUGGGACCAAGAGUUCCAAUGCAAGACUGUUCUUGCAAAUUCUGACCACGUUGCAGCUACUUUACACUAUUAUUCUCCAAAUGAAAAUGGUACACUAUACCAAAUAACCAAAGAGAGAAGUAAUAGAAGGGCUAAGCAAAGCCCUACAAGGACUAUUCACCAAUGGAAACACAAACACUCACCAUAUUGGCCUAGAUAUGGUCCACAGUGGAAGUGGAUAAAAUAUAUCUUCUUGAAUAUAGCUUAAUUUAAAAAGAAUAGUUAAUAGGCUUAUUACAAUGAAUCUGCUGCAACCUCAACCUAGAAAUAUUUACUGUUCACAGAUAGAAGCAAUAAUGAAUUUAAAUAAAAUAUGAGUUGGUAUUUAGCCACAAUAAUUUUGCAUAUGCCAGAAGGGGAGAAUGCAAUAGUUGAAGGACCCCCACAGCAAAACAGAGAGGGACCAAAUAAAUAUGCAGAAAAUUUACUGACCAUACCAAUUGCAUGCCAUACUGCACCCUCAUUUCUAUUUGUAAAAAUAGCUACCUUUCAGAAAAGCCCAUGGACACUAUGGCCCUCCUUCCUAGAGAAUGCCCAUUGCAUCUCAUGCUAUGGGCAACAACUAGGUAAGGAUAUAAAGGUAUACCACUAAACAACGUAUUAAAUGCAAACUGCAAAGAAAUGACUUGUAGAAGGAAAUCCACACUGGUGGAUAUCAGAUUUUACCAAUUCAUAUAAAGGCCUAAAGCAUAUUAUAGUCAAAAUAAUUAAAAUGACAUUUAACACAGAUGACUUCAGAGCCAACCUUUGAAAAUCAGAAUUUGCGGAACUAUUCAACAUAUUAAUAUGAGAACUUUCAAAAAUAGACUGCUAUGUGAAAGGAUUGAUAAAAGUAGAUGAGGAUUCAGGAGACUUAGAGGAGCAAACAAAAACACAAAUAGGAAAAAUAAAAAUUACAUCAUAGAACAACUGUGGAUAAUUAAAAUCCACAUGGGAUAGCAGACUUAGGGAUUUUACUGCCACAAUAACUGGACAAACUGAACCUUACUAUCUUUUUUUUUCUCAGUACAGAGGACUCUAGAUAAGCAGUUACGUACAAAAUGGCAAAUAAUUGAUGCAGUACAAAGGGACUAUGCCAAAUUACCCUAAAUAGAGUAGUGGGAAAGCAAGGUGAAACAGUUUAUCACUCCAUUCCAUUAGGAACAGCUUUACUAGGAAGCUUAAUGAUAGCAGUUUAACAAGAAAAUUUAGACAUUUAGUAAAUAAUAAAAAUAGGGGAACUGGGUAAAAGUUAAACGUUAAAGGAAUCGUUGCUUUAAUUAUAGCUUCAAAAACAGCCAGGGAAGGUACACACUCCCCACAGGGAAUUUGGACUUUAGGAAACUGGGCUAUACUUUUGUGUCAAAAUAAAACUCAAAGCAUAAAUAUCUGGACAAGAUCUGAAAACAUAUCCAAGGAGAAGCCACCAGUCUGCUACAAAUUUUAUUUGGUGAGCAAUUUAACUGUAGCAGGACAGACCUGGUGCUCUUAAACAUGAUAGAUCCCAAAGGGUAACUAUUCCUCCAAGUGGAAUUUUAGAAUAUGGACUUUAUAACAAUCCCAUAACAUAUUAAUGUGAGCUUGUUAAAACUGUUAGUGUAUUAUAAGAGAACACAAGCAACCAUACUAACGUAAGGAGGCCAUGAAACUACAUCAAGAGAAAUCCGUGAGACUACUCUGCAUCGUGAAACAGGACAAAGAUUUGAACCAGCCUGUAAGACGAGUAAUGUUUAAUAUAGUCCCUAGGCAUCAAAGCAGGGAGAUGCUACAACCUCAUACUAUGCGGAGCUGGCUGACCCCUUGUUUGCCUGGGUUACGUGGAAAGAUUGUACUGUAAUGGCACCUCAGGAACUAGAUAAGACAUAUUCCAGUGUUUGCUUUGAUUUUGUAAUUGGAUGUGCUUAAGGAUUGUUAAGAUAUAACCCCUGCUCCAAGAAAUGGAUUGUUGUAUUAAGUAUGUUUGCUCUAUGGAACAUAAUUAAGAGUUAAUAGUGAAAAGAAAUGUUUAGGAAAUAAGAAAAUACUUAGGAACAAGAACUAAUGGGGAAGGUGUUUUCAGGAGAGAGAAGCAAAUUAAUAAAUUGUCAACAAUUAUGCACCUGUUUAUGAUGGAAAGCCAUGACAUGGAGUUAGUUUUUAAACAGGUUUAUGAACAAAGCCCUAUUUUUGUCUUAUGCAAAUUAACCAACCCUAAGAUGUUGCUAUAAAUAGCUAGCUGAUAGACAAUUGCCAUAAGUCAUUUAUCUGAAAGCUCAAUUAGAUGGAGAAUUAUUAACUAGUUUAGUCCACUGAUUGGAUACCUCUGAAUGAAAUCCUGAAUCUCCUCCAGGAGAAUGGAGAGAGUGGCUGGUUCUUUAUGCAAAUUAGCCCUUUUCUGUAUCUUCUUAAAAUCAAUGCCAAAGCCAAUUAUUAUGUAGCAUGGAAGGAAAAAGAGGCCGGACAUGGUGGCCCAUGCCUGUAAUCCCAGCAAUUUGGGAGGCCAAGGCGGACAGGUCACCUGACAUCAGGAGUUUGAGACCACCCUGGCCAACAUGGUGAAACUCCGUUUCUACUAAAAAUACCAAUAUUAGCUGGGUGUCAUGGCGGACACCUGUAAUCCCAGCUACCCAGGAGGCUGAGGCAGGAGAAUCACUGGAACCUGGUGGACAGAGGCUGCAGUGGGCCGAGAUUGUGCCACUGCACUCCAGCCUGAGUGACAGAGCAAAAAAAAAAGAGAAGUCCUUAUCAUUCUGAGACAAGCUUAAAGGUGUGAAAAUCAAGGAAGAUAGGCUGGUAGAUGGCAGUGGAUUCAGUAGUUUAAGUCUUCAUCCCUAUUUGCUUGGGUUAAAAUAUGUGGGGAGUUGUGCUUAUGUAAAUUCUUAUAUGUGAUGAUUACUGCUAGUUAUUAUCUUAUGAUUGUUUAUAAUCCUUAUUAGCUAUUGAUCUAAACCAUUUUAUUGUUUUCUUUUAAGAGACUUUACCUAAUAAACUUUCAUUCACAA